GCGUCCGCCAUUGGCUGGAGCCAUGCCCACAGCCGCUGCCCCCAUCAUCAGCUCGGUUCAGAAGCUGGUGCUGUACGAGACCAGAGCUAGAUACUUUCUCGUCGGGAGCAAUCAUGCAGAAACGAAAUACCGCGUCCUGAAAAUUGAUAGGACGGAACCAAAAGAUUUGGUCGUGAUUGAUGACAGGCAUGUGUACACCCAGCAAGAAGUGCGGGAGCUUCUUGGCCGCUUGGAUCUAGGAAACAGAACAAAGAUGGGUCAGAAAGGAUCCUCCGGGCUGUUCCGAGCCGUCUCCGCUUUUGGUGUCGUAGGUUUUGUCAGGUUCUUAGAAGGCUACUACAUUGUGCUAAUAACCAAGCGGAGAAAGAUGGCGGAUAUUGGAGGUCACACGAUAUAUAAGAUUGAAGAUACAAAUAUGAUUUAUAUACCCAAUGACUCUGUCCGGAUCACUCACCCCGAUGAAGCUAGGUACCUAAGGAUAUUUCAAAAUGUGGAUCUCUCUAGCAAUUUUUAUUUUAGCUAUAGCUAUGAUUUGUCCCACUCGCUUCAGUACAAUCUUACUGUGCUGCGAAUGCCCCUGGAGAUGCUGAAGUCAGAGACAUCCAGGACGCGCCAGGAGAGCUUUGACAUCUUUGAAGAUGAAGGAUUGAUUACACAGGGUGGCAGUGGCGUAUUUGGGAUCUCUAGUGAGCCCUAUAUGAAAUACGUAUGGAAUGGUGAACUUCUGGAUAUAAUUAAAAACACGGUGCAUCGUGACUGGUUGCUGUAUAUUAUUCACGGAUUCUGUGGGCAGUCAAAGCUUCUGAUCUAUGGACGGCCAGUGUACGUGACUCUGAUAGCCAGAAGAUCCAGUAAGUUUGCUGGGACUCGCUUUCUCAAGAGAGGUGCAAACUGUGAGGGCGAUGUUGCGAAUGAAGUGGAGACUGAGCAGAUCCUCUGUGAUGCUUCUGUGAUGUCCUUUACCGCAGGCAGUUACUCUUCUUAUGUACAAGUUAGAGGAUCGGUUCCCUUAUACUGGUCCCAGGACAUCUCAACUAUGCUGCCUAAACCGCCUAUUACACUGGACCAGGCCGAUCCCUUUGCACACGUGGCUGCUCUUCACUUUGACCAGAUGCUCCAGAGGUUUGGCUCCCCCAUCAUCAUCUUGAAUUUAGUGAAGGAGCGAGAGAAGAGAAAGCAUGAAAGGAUCCUGAGUGAGGAGCUCGUGGCUGCGGUCACCUACCUUAACCAGUUCCUGCCCCCGGAGCACAGCAUUGUCUACAUCCCCUGGGACAUGGCCAAGUACACCAAGAGCAAGCUGUGUAAUGUUCUCGAUCGGCUGAACGUGAUUGCAGAGAGUGUGGUCAAGAAAACGGGCUUCUUUGUGAACCGCCCUGACUCUUACUGCAGCAUCUUACGGCCAGAUGAAAAAUGGAAUGAACUAGGAGGUCACGUGAUCCCCACUGGUCGGCUGCAGACUGGCAUUCUUCGAACCAACUGUGUGGACUGUUUAGAUCGCACCAACACGGCGCAGUUCAUGGUGGGCAAGUGCGCUCUGGCAUACCAGCUGUACUCCUUGGGGCUGAUUGACAAGCCUAACUUACAGUUCGACACGGAUGCGGUGAGGUUAUUUGAGGAGCUCUAUGAGGAUCAUGGAGAUACCCUUUCCCUGCAAUAUGGCGGCUCUCAGCUUGUGCAUCGGGUGAAAACCUACAGAAAGAUAGCACCGUGGACCCAGCACUCCAAAGACAUCAUGCAAACGCUGUCUCGCUACUACAGCAAUGCCUUCUCAGAUGCUGAUAGACAAGAUUCCAUCAACCUCUUCCUGGGCGUGUUCCACCCCACAGAAGGGAAACCUCAUCUCUGGGAGCUCCCUACAGACUUUUAUCUGCAUCACAAAAACACCAUGAGCCUUUUACCGCCUAGAAGGAGUUACACUUACUGGUGGACACCAGAGGUGGUAAAGCAUUUGCCGCUGCCUUACGACGAAGUUAUCUGUGCUGCAAACUUAAGGAAGUUGGUAGUGAAGAAAUUUCACAGACGGGAAGAGGAGAUUGAUAUCCACAAUGAAUUCUUCCGUCCCUAUGAACUGAGUAGUUUUGAUGAUACCUUUUGCUUGGCGAUGACGAGUUCAGCACGUGAUUUCAUGCCUAAAACUGUUGGCAUUGAUCCAAGUCCAUUUACCGUAAGAAAACCAGACGAAACUGGAAAAUCUGUACUGGGGAACAAAAGCAACAGAGAGGAAGCUGUCCUGCAGCGGAAAACAGCCGCAAGCGCCCCGCCGCCCCCCAGCGAGGAGGCCGUAUCCAGCAGCUCCGAGGAUGACUCUGGCUCUGACCGGGAAGAUGAAGGCUCGGUAUCUCAGCGGUCCACUCCCAUCAAGAUGACAGACACCGGGGACAGUGCCAAAGUGACUGAGAAUGUGGUGCAGCCCAUGAAGGAAGUGUAUGGAAUUAGCCUCUCUGAUAGCCUGUCAGAGGAAGAUCUCUCUAUUUAUGCCAGGUUUGUUCAGCUGGGGCAGAGUCACCAUAAACAGGACAGAAGCAGUCAGCAGCUGUGUUGUUCCAGGUGCUCAGAUGGUGUUGCAAAACUAACUCCGAUCUCCGCUUUCUCUCAAGACAACAUCUAUGAAGUUCAGCCCCCGAGAGUAGACAGGAAGUCUACAGAGAUCUUCCAGGCCCAUAUCCAGGCUAGCCAAGGCUUCACACAGCCCCUUGGUAAAGAGGACACCGCCAUAUACCGCGAGUAUAUCCGAAACCGCUACUUAUAAAGAAAGCCUUGAGGACGGCGAAGUUACACUGGCUUAGAUUGUGAUCUGUGAAAAGGAACGCCCGCCCCGGGUCUGGAGAAACAGCUCAGUGGUUAAGGGCAUGCACUGCUCUUCCAGAGGAUCAGAACUUGGUCCCCAGGACCUGUAUUGAGUGGCUCACACGGUUCAGUGGCUCUAGGCAUCUAGUGUCACCUUCUGAAUCCUGUAGGCACCUGUACCCAAGUGGGUGCCUGCAUGUGUGCACACACACAAAAUUAAA